AUGGUUGGUCAAUCAAGUCAAUCGAAGCCUAAGCGAAAACAUCAACAAUGGAAUACUUAUGCAAUAUCAUUUUGUGAAAAUUGUAGUAAUUGUUGGUGUUGCAUAUGUUGUUGUCCAUGUGCUAUGGCUGAAAUUUAUCACUAUACUUGGUCAUUACCAUGGUUAAUAGCAUUAAUAUUUUCUUUUUUACUAAUGCCAAUUCAAAUGCUAACCAUAUGCUUAGUACGUAUGAGAAUUCGACGUGCACAUAAACUGGAAGGUAAUUGUAUCAAUGAUUUAUGUUGUCUAGUUUUUUGUUGUUGGCCACUUAUCAUUUGUCAAUUAAGAGAUGAAAUUCUAUAUUUACGAUCGAGAUCUGAAUGGAAAUUAGGUUAUCCAAAAAAAGCGGAUGAUAAACCUCCCUGGGUCAAGCUAUUUAAGAGAUCAAAAAAAAGAAAUACCGAUGAUUUGGAAAGUUCAUAUAUCAGUAGCGAUGAUGAUGAUGCUGAUGAUGAUGAUGAUGAUGAUGAUGAUGAUGAUGAUGAAGAUGAUGAUGAAGAUGAUGAUGAAGAAGAUGAUGAUGAUGAUGAAGAUGAAGAAGAUGAUGAUGAAGAUGAUGAUGACGAUGAUAAUAAUAAAAAUAAAAAAAAUAAAAAUAAAAAUAAUAGUAAUAAUAAUAAUAAUAAUAAUGAUCCUGAUGACAAUAAUAAUAAUAAUAAUGCUGAUGAUGGUGAAGAUGAAGAGUAUGAUGUCGAAGAAGAUGAGAGAGGCGGUGAGGUAGACUACAACGACGUCGAUAAUGAUGAUGCCUAUGAUAGUGAUGAUGAUGACGAUGAUGAUGAUGAUGAUGAGGAGGAGGAGUAUGAUGUUGAGGAAGACAAAAGAAACGGCGAAAUCAAUUACACCAGCGUCGGUGCGCCAUAUCUAACCGGUGCGUUGCGUACUGAUAAGAGAUCGAGUGUAACACGUUUAAAGCUGACUUCAUCACAAUACGUAACGUGCAGCAGUAAAAUACUGAAGCCUGCUUCAGUUAUACAAGUUAGUUGUUCUGUAAACUUUAGUCAUUAUUUCCAGGUCUACAAUAGACAUAUAAGAGUUCAGUGGUGGCCGACGUUGGAAAAUCCAUGGGUUGAAGACUCCUUGGUCGAUGAUGAUCUGAUUAAGAAAAAACCAGUAGAUUAUGAAGUUAGUAAAGCAGAAUAUGUAUGGGUUCAAAGAGUUUUGAAGAACAAUAAAAUCCCAUUUCCUGAAGGUAUAACGGCCCCUACUCCGAGCGGCUGGAUACCCCCUAUCCCUGAGUUAUCUAAGGAUGUGCCUUAUUCUGUCAGAAGGUCUAAGAAUCAUAUGCUACCCGUUUACUAUGAGGAAAAACAGAGGAAAAAAAAGGAGUGUACACAUGGGACUCGACAGCUGACGGUCAUUAGACAUGUUGAUGGAGAUAUGCAAGCUUUGGCUGAUGAUCUUCGGACGCUUCUUCAACCGAAAUGUGAAGCUGGACUGUUUCUCUGCCAAGUAGAUGAAGUAACACGUUGUAUAAAAAUCGAAGGAUUAUUCCAAGAAGAGGUGGCUAAAUUUCUUCUCAGCAAGGGGUUUUGA